AUGGCUUCAUCUCCACAACUGUCCCCUCCGUGCGACUUGAGCCACCACUACUCGCGCACGACCAAGAACCGGACGCAGAGUGCCAUUAAGAAGUUUUAUCACUUUUUCCAGAUUCCUGGAAUCGGAAACCUGGCCGGAGGCCUUCCGAAUGAGAAGCUCUUCCCUUUUGACACUUUGGAGGCUCAGGUCGCCCAACCUCGGCGAUGGACUCCCAGGAACUCCAACAACGACACGAGCAGCAGCAGCAGCAGCAGCAAUGUUGACCCAGCCACGGCACUGCACCUGACAGUCCCCAAGUCGGACCCCACCGCCGACCCGUUCAGCAAGAUCGACGUCGCCACGGCCCUGCAGUACGGCACCGCGUCGGGAUACCCCCCCCUGCUCUCGUUUGUGCGUCAGUUCACCAGGAACAACCUGCAUCCCAAUGUCCCCUACGCGGGGGGGCCCGAGGUCAUCCUCACCUGCGGCGCCACCGACGGCUUCUCCAAGACGGUCGAGCUGCUGUUCGACCCGUGGUCGCCGUACCACGACCCCAUCGAGGAGCGUCCCGGCCUGGUGUGCGAGGCCUUUGUCUACCGCAACGCCCCGGACACGGCCGCGGCCAGGGGCGUCAGCGUCACCCCCGUCGAGUACGACUCCGAGGGCAUGCUGGCCCACGGUCCCGGAGGCCUCAAGGACGUCCUCGACAGCUGGGACCCGACCAAGGGACGCCGCCCCAGCCUCGUCUACACCGUCACCAUGGGCCACAACCCCACCAGCGGCGUGCUGUCCGUCCAGAGGCGCCGCGAGAUCUACGCCCUCUGCUCCGAGUACGACCUCAUCAUCGCCGAGGACGAUCCCUACUGGUACCUCCAGUACCCGUCUGCUGCGCGUGCCGAGGCCGAGUCGCGCAACUGCGACGUGACCGACGUCGACGGUGCCCCGUACACGCCGUCCACGUCUAGCGGUUACGACUUCCUCGACUCGCUCGUCCCGUCGUACCUGAGCGUCGACACCGACGGACGUGUCAUCCGCAUCGAUACCUUCUCCAAGACGGUCGCCCCCGGUAGCCGUCUAGGUUGGAUCACGGCCCAGCCGGCCAUUAUCGAGCGCAUAACACGCAUCACCGAGUCUAGUACACAGCAGCCCUCCGGCUUCGUGCAGUCCCUCAUCGCCCAACUUGUUAUAGGCCACCACCAGGCCGAGACGGUAAAGACCUUCUUCUCGCUCUCGGCCCGCGAGAAGCUCGCCUUUGAAGGGUGGAAGAUGGACGGCUGGGUGCGCUGGCUCGAGGGUCUCAGGGGUGUGUACGAGAAUCGCAUGAACAGGAUGAGCUCCAUCCUCGACGGCAAGUCGUACCAGCUGAAACAGUCGACGCCCGUCAUCUCUGCCGUCGGCUACGGCAACAAUAACAACAACAGCAACGCCGUCACCACCACCGCUAGCAGUACAGUCGGCGAACUUGACACCGAAUGGGGCGUCAUCACCAAGACUCGCCUGCUCAGCUUCGACUGGCCCCGCGGCGGCAUGUUCAUCUGGGUGCGCGUCCACCUGGAGAGCCACCCGCUCUUCCGGGUCCGGGGCCACUCGGUGGCCCGCAUCGACGGCUCGGUCCUGUCCACCGCCCUGAUGAUGUUCCUCACCCACAAGCCCUACCUCGUCAUCGUGUCCCCGGGUGCCAUGUUUGGCGCAAACGAGGACAUUGCCUCCCGCCGCGGGUGGCAGUUCUUCCGUCUGUGCUUCGCGGCCGAGGAAGAGGAGAGGAUUGACUCGUGCGCUCACGGCUUCGCGGACGGCGUGCAGAGGUUCUGGCGUAUCAAGUCGGUCGAUCAGAUCGAGACGCUGGUGGACGAGUUUCAUAAUAAUAUUGGUGCUGCAGGGGGUCUGGAUCUGGAGGGACAGGGCAUGAUGGGGUGCUGA